AUGGCGCCCGGAAAGAGCCUCCCGCCGGCCAUCGACCCGUCCCUCAUCGCCACGCUCCUCACCUUCCUCGCCCUCCCACCGGCCAGGUCCAUCACGCCGCUGCACGUCAACGCGGCCUUUCACAGGAUCUAUUUGAUACACUAUGCGUCGCCGCCGCCGGCAGCAGAGCUCGCCGACCUCUGGGCCUCGCCGGCCGGCACGAGGCUGGUGCUGCGCGUCUCGGGCCCGCACGUGCCGUACCUCAAGACCACAAACGAGGUGGCCAUCAUGACGUGGGUGCGCAGGAACACGCGCAUCCCGGUCCCCCGCGUCGUGCGCUACGACAACACGCCCAACAACGUGCUCGGCCGCGAGUUCACCCUCCUCGAGGAGGCGCCCGGCCGCAGCGUCGACUCGGUCUACGCGCACCUCCCCGACGCCACCAAGGUCAGGCUCGUCAACGAGCUCAUCGACGCGCUGGUCGAGCUGCGCGCCCACCCGUUCCGGCACGUCGGCGGCCUCCAGCUCGUCGGGGACGAGGUCCUGCCCGGCCCCCUGCUCGAGGACGCCUUCUGGUUCCGGCCCGGCAUGGAGGCCGAGUUCGGCAGCGACGAGUCCGUCCAGACCCCCGGCCCCGUCGGGCCGUACUCGAGCCACGCCGACUUUGUCAGGGGCUACAUUGGCGUCGUGGCGCACGCUGUCGCCGCCCACGACGCCCUCGCCUGGGCGCGCCACCUGCUGCCUCGCCUGGCUGGGCUCGUGGCCGCCCUGCCGCGCCUCGAGCUCGACACGGCUCUGGUCCUGGCCCACAAGGACCUGCACUUUGGCAACGUAAUGGCCUCGCCUGACGGCCGUGUGACGGCCAUUCUGGACUGGGAGUUUGCUGCCGUCGUGCCCGUCGUGCGCUGGGACCCCGUCUGCGCCUUCCUCUGGAACUGCGAGUAUACCCAGGAGGGCCACGACGAAAAGUACCGCAUGAGGGCCGUCUUUGAGCGCGAGCUGGAGAGGCGCGGCGUCGUCAAGUGGUGGCAGGCGACGAGUCCGGAUAUCGACGCCGUCUGGGACGUCGUCAGGUACAUGAGAGCUAUUGUCGAGCUGUGUCCGAGGGGCGGCAACAUGGAUCAGUGUAGGCUUUGGAGCCGGCAGGCUGCCGAGGCCCUGGCCAAGCUGGGUGUUUGA